GGCUGAUUGCUGACUGGCUGAUUGUACAACCAGGGGAAGCAGCAAUGAGGAAGCUGGAGAACUUAUAAACACAAGGACACACGUUCUCCACCAUCAUAGCCAACAUCACUCUGUAACCCCCCACCCCUGGCAUUGCAGGGCAGGAAUACAACAUGGAGCUGCUGAGGGCAGACGUGCAUCUGCUGGUCUGGGUUACUGCAGCUGUUGUGCUGAUCACCCUCAUCCUCUUCUCUACUGUCCCUUUCUUCGUUGACUAUUUCAACAAAUGGAAAAUAAUGAAGCCCAUUCCAGGAGUGGGCCCCAAUUACCCACUGGUGGGGGAUGCACUGAUGCUGAAGCCAAAUGGCGGAGAUUUCUUUAAACAAAUUAUUGAAUUCUCCGAGGUGCUGAGACACCUUCCGCUGAUUAAACUUUGGAUUGGUCCUGUACCUUUCUUGAUCUUGUAUCAUGCAGAAACCAUAGAGCCUUUACUUAGCACUUCAAAACACAUGGACAAAUCAUUUGCUUAUAAGUUCCUUCAUCCUUGGCUCGGAUUGGGUCUUCUCACAAGCACUGGGGAAAAGUGGCGUUCCAGAAGAAAAAUGAUAACACCAUCAUUCCACUUUGCUAUUCUUUCCGAUUUUUUGGAAGUUAUGAAUGAGCAAUCCAAAGUAUUGGUGGAGAAGCUCAAUACUCGAGCUGGCAAAGGAUCUUUUAAUUGCUUUAUGGACAUUACUCUUUGUGCUCUGGAUAUAAUAUGUGAGACAGCCAUGGGAAGAAAAAUUCAAGCACAGAGCAACAGUGAUUCUGAAUAUAUCAAAGCUAUUUAUGAAAUGAGUGAUUUAAUACAUCGUCGUCAGAAGAUGCCCUGGCUGUGGCCAGAUUUUAUUUUUUCUCGUUUAAAUAUUGGAAAGAGACAUGACAAAAACUUAAAAAUUCUCCAUUCAUUUACUGACCAGACAAUUUUAGAAAGAGCACAAGAACUGAAGAAUGCCAAUGCCAAUGUUGAGCAAGAAGAUGAUAAUGUCAGUGAAGAAACUAAGAAAACCAAAAAAAGGAGUGCCUUCUUAGAUAUGCUUCUGAAAGUAACCGAUGAAGCGGGCAAUACAUUAAGCUAUAAGGACAUCCGUGAAGAAGUUGAUACAUUCAUGUUUGAGGGUCAUGAUACUACAGCUGCUGGACUUAACUGGUCCAUGUUUUUAUUGGGAUCUCAUCCUGAUGUUCAGGAAAAGGUUCACAAAGAGCUAGAUGACGUAUUUGGUCAGUCUGACCGGCCAGUGACAAUGGAUGACAUGAAGAAGCUACGAUAUCUCGAAGCAGUUGUUAAAGAAGCUCUUCGACUUUACCCUUCAGUGCCAUUCUUCGCACGCACCAUUACUGAAGAUUGCACCAUAAGAGGUUUUACUGUACCGAAAGGUGUGAAUGUAGUCAUUUUGCCCUUUGCCCUUCACCGAGAUCCAGAAUAUUUUCCUGAACCUGAGGAAUUUAAGCCAGAAAGGUUUCUUCCUGAGAAUGCAAGCGGGCGCAAUCCAUAUGCUUAUAUACCUUUUUCUGCAGGUCUCAGGAACUGCAUUGGCCAACGCUUUGCUCUAAUGGAGGAAAAAGUGGUGUUAUCGUCUAUUUUAAGAAAGUUUAAUGUAAAAGCAAGCCAGGACCGUGAAGAAAUCUGUCUGGUAGGAGAGCUCAUUCUUCGUCCAGAGGAUGGCAUAUGGAUUGAACUGCAGAAAAGAACACCUAACUCUACUUUAUAAACCUUGGAACAACCUCUGUGUGUAAACAAUUUUAUCUCAAAUGUUUAUUAUUGUAAAUAGUUUGGUGUGCGUCUGGGAAAACACUGGCUGGAAACUAUUUCAUUAGUAUCUGCUAUAAAAUUUGGUAUUAUGCUUUUCAUUUUCUGUAUGUGCUACUCAGGACAUUUAAUAUUUGCAAGGAAGUCCACAAAAAUCAUUAGGCCUCGCUCACUCAAUUUGUCUAAAAGAAAAAUUGGCAUUGCUCCCAUUGAAACCAAUCGCAAUGCAAUUUUCUAUUUUUCCAGACCAUUUAUAAAAAACAAAAGCUGAACUUUGGUUGGGCUACAAUCCACUUUUUAUGGUAGACCAUUUUGUUAAAGGGGUUCUUCGGGAUUUUAAUAUUGAUGACUAGUGUUGAGCGAACUUGCAAUUUGCAAGUUUGGCGUUUGGGUUCGGGUUAUCUAAGAAUUCCGUUACCAUGGACCAUAAUGAAAUUCUAUGAUGGCAUGCACCACGGAAGCCACGGAAGAGGCAUUCCAUAUUGCAUUCCAUUAUAAUACAAUUCUGUGCUGGCCAGUGGCUAUAGACUUCUAUUAUGAUGGAAUACAUUACGGAAUGCCUUUUAUAGGCUUCCGUGGUGCAUGCUGUCAUAGAAUUCUGUUAUGUUCCACAGUAACGGAAUCCAUUACGGAAUUCUUAGAUAACCCGAACGCCAAACUUGCAAAUCGCAAAUUCGCUCAACACUAUUGAUGGCCUAUCCUCAGGAUAGGUCAUUAAUAUCAGAUCGGCGGGCGUCGGAUCCCCGGGAGCC